UCGAGAGAUAAAAGUUCAUUUUGAAGAUUUUUAGGUUAAGAGAUGUGUUGUGUUUAGUUUUUUUGACUAUUAAAAUUGAAAUAAUUAUAAAAUAAUGUGUGAUGUUGUCAACAAGAGCUGACAUCAACUGGUUUAUUUUAAAAUAUUUAAAUUGAAUAAGUCGUAGAGUAUUUGUAUAAAAUUAUCUAACAUGCUAAAAAUGUAUGCUUCUUUCACCGUACUAGCGUCAAUACUUUCAUUUUUCUGUUUGUUUACGCACACUCAGCCCUAUGAAACAAUGAAAGAUACUGUCUAUACUAAUCUUUGCACAUUAAUAAAAAGUAAAAUUAUUCAUCUUAUAUUUCUAGAACAAUAUUUAUCUUGUGUAAGCUCAGAAGAUCCCUUAAACGAUUCCUUAGUUGAUGUUGAUGGUCUUUACACUGCUGAAGAGUUGAGAAAAUUUUCUGGAACUGAAGACGAAAAGCGUUUAUAUCUCAGUAUUUUGGGCGAAGUAUUUGACGUUACUAAAGGUCAGGAGUAUUAUGCUCCUGGGAAAGGAUAUCAUGGCUUUGUAGGGAAGGAUGGAAGCCGCGCCUUUGUAACGGGGAAGUUCACUGAGGAAGGCCUAGUUGAUGACGUUCUGGAUCUAAGUCAUAGUGAUUUGGUGUCUCUUAGGGAAUGGAUGAAAUUCUAUCAUGAGACUUAUAAGUUUAAAGGUAAACUCAUCGGUAGAUACUACGAUGAAGAAGGGAAGCCAACAGGCUACUUCUACAAGCUGCAACAGAAACUUGCUGAAGCAGAGAAACAGAAAACUGUAGAAGAAGAGAUUAAAAUGCAGUAUCCGCCCUGCAAUGUUGAUUGGGAUGCGAACACCGGAAGCCGGGUGUGGUGCUCCCAAAGAAGUGGUGGCAUUGAACGUGACUGGGUUGGAGUUCCGCGAAAGUUGUACGAAAUCGGAUCCAAACAGCAUCGCUGCGCCUGCAUUAAUAAUAUGGGCCAAUCAACAGAUGAAGACCGGGAUAAGAGAAUUGGCAACAUUGAAGAGUAUGAAGAUUGCCAUCCUGCUGCUACAAGCUGUCAUGUCGUCAUGUAAUGAUUGUAACAACAAUGGUUUUCUUCCAUAUUUUCUAGUUGACUUCCCACACUUUUCGCCUAUUAUUGUUACUUAUAAUUCAAUUUAAAAAAGGGAACGCAUUCUUUCAAUAGUAUGAUUGAAGUAAUGUCGUAUGUAUGAAAUCAUUAUUAUUUGCAAUAGGUGGAGUUAGUAUUCAUUAUUAAUUCCAAUCUGUUUCUACCACAUUAACCGUACCAGAAUGACAGACUUUUCUACAGAAUUCAGUGCAUUAAACUAGAAGUGUUAUCUAGUUUUUAGUCUGCUUUUAAAGUUCUUACAGUGGUUUCUUAGCUAUGGUGACUAUACAUUGUAUUUAUUGCGUAGCAGCAUAGAGAUCCCGGGUUCAAACCCUCUCAUUAACAAACGUUUUUUAACCAGAUCAUUCCCGUGUUAUCGGAUGGGCACGUUAAAUUGUCGGUCCUGGCUGAAGUAUGACAGUUGUAAGGCCCAUUGACGGCUUAAAUUAUAUAUUCAGGUGGUGGGACCUUCCCGCGAGGGACUCCCCACCAACAAAAGCCAUACGAAUUUACUUUAUUGUACUUAUAGUUCAUCAUUAAAGCACAUUAUUAGGCCUAAACCAGAACAUCACUAAACGUGAAAUUUUGAUCAUUGAUUUUAUUUUUUGGUCAAAAUCUAGAUUGAUUAUCUAUAUUAUUCUAGACUUAUUGAAGAAGCAUUAAUUGAGGCUGUGUGGUAAAUCGAUCAUUCCAUAAAGUUGUUUUCUAUAUACUGUUAUUAUAAAUAAUAGUUAUAAAUGAAUAGUUAUUUCAAUUUGAUUUUUUAUCUUGAGACCUAUACACAAAACUCCUUCCUUAUUUGUAAUCUCUUUUAGAACAAAGAGUUGCUAUAAAUUUCAUGAUAUUGCAAUAAGUGACUGAGUUCUUUCCAAGUGUUAUCUAGUUUUUAGUCUGCUUUUAUAGUUCUUACAGCGGAUUCGUAGCUUGUUUUUAUAUAUUGCAAUACUUUGCAUUAUUAUAUAUAUAUCAUAAUUUUAUCACUACGAAGUAUUAUUCUAUAUGUAUUGUUCUCAAUCAAACUGAAGAGUAUUAAAAAUAAUAUUGAAGACAGAAAGUUGUUCGUUCAUGAAAUCACAAUGUAUGAAUGUUUACGACAAAAAUUCAUAUAUUUUAGUCAUUCACUGGUACACUUAUUUAGUUAUUUGAAACAAUUACUUGUUUUCACAAUUAAUUCUAAAUGAGUCUUCAAGUCUCAGAAACAUUCUUAGCUACUACCGAACUGUACUUGACUCUGUAAAGGAUGUGAUAUUCUGGAUUUGAUGAAAUUUCUCAUCAAUAGAAUAAAGAACAAAUUUAAUAAAACUGUCAAGAUUUUUAUAAAUUUUAGGAGUCAUGAAAUAUAAUUUCAUUUUUUCCAAAGUCGAAAUACAUUCAUUGAUAUUUGCGCACACAAUAUUCAAAAAUACUAGGCAUCAUUGUUCUUUGUAAUUCUCAAGAAGCGUAUUUUUUAAUCUCAAGUUAUUUGUGUGUUUAUUACUUUAGUUUAUGUUGCUAUCAUAAUAAUAAUUACUCUAUUAAAUUAUGAAGAGAUUGUAGCUAUUUGCAGAACAAUGUAGAACAUAAUUAUUAUUUAUACUGUUAAAUUAAUGUGAUUUUUGACAAUAAUAAUUGCACUUAGUGCACAUUUUUCAUUAUUGUUAUUUCUCAAGUAUUAUUUAUCUAAAUUCAGAACACUGAAUUGUUAUAUUUUCAACUUGUUUAUGAGAAUUGAUCAAUGCAAAUUAUUUUUUGUACCUAGACUUUUAACGAUUUCUUGAAUAAAAUUGAAUUUCGAAUA